CCUGCAUCAAACUAAGCAUGAGCAGAAAUAAAGGAUUGGCCGUCACAGGCCACUGUCAUUACGGUGUUUAGUGGGUUUCGGAGGUCAACAUGGAAAAAUAAGGUUAUAUUGCAAUACUAGAUAGCGUAUUGAUGCAGUGAUCGGAUGUCGUCAUGGGAAGCAAAGUGAGUGGCAAGAUGGCAGCUGCCAGUCGGGUCGUGCAGGUUGUGCGACCUCAUGCACCUUUAAUAAAAUUUCCAGAUCGAAAGAGUGUCCCUAGGCCAAAUGUACAAGAGGCACUGAAGGUUCUUACAGCCAGUCUCCCACAGAUCUCCCCAUCCGCACCUCCACCUGCAACGUCAAUAUCACCUCCUCCCAGACCACCGGGACCCAUCAGCCGACUGCCGGGCACCCCGGACAACAUCUCUGUAGUUAAAGAUCUCCCUCAGAAAUACCGCAGGAGAACCCUUGCAUUAGAUGAAAUGGACUACAUCCAGCGAGGCGGACCAGAGUGACUCGUCUGGUCCAGUUUAUUCAGACUCCGAAAUCCAUUGACUGACUUAUUUUUUUUUCUCAGUAUGAGGAGUUAAUAAUGUCAUCUAAAUAAAUUAUAGUUAUAUUGUACAUACAGAUUAUCAUUUGAUAGUUGAGUAAAGCCUACAAUUGGUUGUCUUAUUAUUCAAGUGCUCUGUAUUUACAUUAAAAUGCAAAACUCUUUGCCUUCUUAUUCUUCAAUCCAUCUGUGUUGUAUUGGCCACUCUGGCCAGUACAUCUUCUGACCAUCAAGAGCAUAGUUGAUUAAUUUCUUCUUCCAUUUCAUUAUAUAUUCUGAAUUCAAUGAAAAGCACUGAGUGCCAGCAUAUUCUACAGGUUUCUGAACUAAGUCGAUCACUACGAGUACCUGAACAAUUAAAAUGUUUACUAAUUUUUGAAA